CGCCGGCCGGCCGCCGGGCCUCACGCAUCACCCGCGCUGGUUCCGUGCUGCGGUGCACCGUUCGCGAACAACGGCGAACAGCGGCGUCCGUGGUACCGCUACACGGUCCGGGCGGGAUUUCGCGUCCGGCGCAUGACGCUGCUGUUGAUGCCUGCCGACUUCCGCUCUCUGCGGCCACUGAGGUGGCUGAGCGGCGGCCGUGCAGCGCCGGCCGUACCUGCCCUGCCACCGAGCACGCCUGCAGCUGAGCACGGCGCACGUCGACCAGCCAAGGCCGGCGGCGACCCGGGCCGUGACGUCACGCCGCUCCACCGGUGACGUCACGCGGGGCCGCCGGCCGCUCGCCGCUCGGCGCCGGCUGCCAGUUGUCGACAGGCCGUCGGCGCGCUGAGGUGCGCAGUGGCUAUCAGUGGAUCCCGGACGGCCGGCGCGCUGCUCAGUGGACUGUCGGCGCCGACGGUGAUACGUGGCCGCGUCAGAGGACUCUGCCACGUCGGGCCCGGUGCGCGGGCCGCCGGGCGACAGAACGGGGUCGGUGCGCGCUGGCUCGGCCGGCGCGGCGCCGCAGCAGGGCACGCCGACCACAGGCCGCCGCCGGCGACUCAUUAGGGGCAUCGCGCCGUCGUUCGGCUGCCACACCGGCUGGAUGACCCGACACGACCCCAUGCGGUUCAUGGAGAACAUCUUCGGCAUCUUCGGCCACCCGUCGGCGUCGCCGCCGCCGGUCAGCACAGUGCCGCGGAUGGCGACCACGGAGAGCCAGAUCCGGUUCAGCGGCCACACGCUGGACAAGGCCGUCAAGGCCAAGGUGACGCUGGAGAACUACUACAGCAACCUGCUACACCAGAAUCUCGAGCGGAAGCAGAGGCACACGCGGCUGGAGCAGUCGAUGCAGGAGGAGGGUCUCUCCGAGUCGCAGAAGGUGGAGAAGCGCCAGCAGCACGCCGUCAAAGAGACAGAGUUCCUGAGGCUGAAACGGGCCCGGCUCGGAGUCGAGGACUUCACACCCAUCAAAGUCAUCGGCAAGGGCGCCUUCGGAGAGGUACGGCUGGUGCAGAAAAAGGACACGGGCCAUGUCUACGCCAUGAAGGUGCUGGCCAAGGCCAAGAUGUUGGAGACCGAACAGGUGGCACACGUCCGGGCCGAGCGAGACAUCCUGGUGGAGGCCGACCACCAGUGGGUGGUCAAGAUGUACUACAGCUUCCAGGACGCCAUCAACCUCUACCUCAUCAUGGAGUUUCUGCCGGGAGGUGACAUGAUGACGCUGCUCAUCAAGCGGGACACGCUCUCCGAGGAGUGCUGCCAGUUCUACGUGGCCGAGGUGGCGUUGGCCAUCGAGUCGAUACACAAGCUCGGCUUCAUCCACAGAGACCUGAAGCCAGAUAACCUGCUGUUAGACGCGCGGGGCCACAUCAAGCUGUCCGACUUUGGUCUGUGUACCGGUCUGAAGAAGUCGCACCGGACAGACUUCUACCGUGACCUCAGCCAGGCCAAGCCCUCCGACUUCACGAGUAACCCGAUGGACAGCAAGCGUCGAGCGGAGAGCUGGAAGAAGAACCGGCGCGCGCUGGCCUACUCGGCAGUGGGCACGCCCGACUACAUCGCGCCAGAGGUGUUCCGGCCGUCCAAACAGGACAAAGUGUUUCAGCCGGCCGGCUACGGUCCCGCCUGUGACUGGUGGAGUCUGGGUGUCAUUAUGUACGAAAUGCUGAUCGGCUAUCCUCCGUUCUCCAGCGAGUCGCUCCUAGAGACUUACAAGAAGGUGAUGAACUGGAAGGAGACGCUCGUCUUCCCUCCAGAGACGCCAAUCUCCGAGCAGGCGCGAAACACAAUCAUGAUGUUCUGCAGUGAAGCGGACGUGCGGCUGGGCUCCAAGGGCCUCCAGGACGUGAAGUCGGUCGAGUUCUUCAGGGGCGUCGACUGGGAGAACAUCCGGGAGCGGCCGGCCGCCAUCCAGGUGGACGUCAAGUCCAUCGACGACACCUCCAACUUCGACGAGAUCCCAGACGUCGAGCUCGCCAUACCGACUCCGCCGCCGGACAAGGAGGGCGAGCCGGGCUGCAAGGACUGGGUGUUCAUCAACUACACGUUCAAACGGUUCGAGGGGCUGACGCAGCGGGGCGUGGGUCGCUCCAGCGCCAACUGACGCGCCCGGAGCGCCUGCCUUACAGCGCCCCGACUGAUCUCCGACUCGCGGCCGCGCGCGCGGCCACCGGGCCAGCGCCGAACUGACAGCGCGAGUCGCGUGCCCCGUACACUCUGUGAUGUGUCCUCGCGCGGACGGACGAGUGAGAGUGAGUGACGCGAGUGUGACCCGAGUGAUAGAGCCGAGUGAGCUGUGCGAGUGCCAGUGCGCCCGAGUCCGCCGCGGUGCCGUGUGUGAUGCGCGCCGCCCGUAUUUAAUCACGCGUCGUGUGCCGAGUGUUGAGAGGCCGCCCGCCGCGCCGCCGGGCGGGCGCCGGCCGCGUGUAAGCGGCUGUGAUCCGACGGGAGCGGGCUCGUUCUCCGCCGCGCUCCUGGUGCCAAACGGGCCGUCCGUCCGUCAGCAAUAGGGGGGCCGGGCCGGGCGCGCCGCCGCCGCACUUCACAGCGCCCCGCCCCGCGCGCACGGACAGACCCAUAUCAGAGUGUAGAAUCCGACUAGUCAUGGUAUGCAAGAUGUUAUGAAUAAUACAUAGAGAUGCCGGUUUGUAAAAA